AUGUGCAGCCGCUCCAAACCCAAAAUGUCUCACUGGAUCCAGGCAGCAACUUUUCUCAUGCCGGUAUUGUUCCCCGGGUUGCGCAACAUGCUGCAUGUCUCGAGUGCUUUCCGCCUAGACUCAUCAAAGAGCAGACCUUUUGUGCAAAUCCGGUGA